AUGCAUCAUUUGUUUGGACUGGUUUUGGCACAAAAGGACCUUUCACGUGCAGGGGAUCUUUUCUCUUUAGAUGAUGCUGAAAUAGAAGGAAGCCUCUCAGAAGCUCUUGAACAAAUAAGAAUAAUUAGUUCAUCUGCGGACUACCAAACUAAUGACAAUGACCAGGCUGUGGUGGAAAUCUGCAUCACUCGAAUCACCACUGCCAUCAGGGAGACGGAGUCCAUAGAAAAGCAUGGGAAAGCACUGGUGGCUCUCUGGGAGUCCUGUUUAGAACACAAUCUAAAACCUUCAGGAAAAGAUGAGGACACACCACAUGCAAAAAUUGCAUCUGAUAUCAUGAGCUGUAUCUUGCAGAAUUACAAUCGACCUCCAGUAAUGGCCUUAGCUGUACCAGUGGCAGUGAAAUUUCUUCAGAGGGGAAAUAAGGAACUGUGUAGAAACAUGUCAAGUUAUCUGUCCUUGGCUGCAAUUGCUGAAGUGGAUCUGCUGGCUGAUCACACGGAUGCUAUUGUCAAUAGUGUCCUUCAAGGGAACUCCAUGUUGCUGCGUGUCCUGCCUUCUUUGUAUGAAAAGCAACCACAGUUGAUAAACUGCCACCUGAGGGAGCUGGUGGCACUGAUGGCUCAGCUGGAUCAAGCCGAACAUCACCACCUUUUAAGGCUGUUCCAGAUAGUGGCUAGGAAGAAAGAACUUGGGGUACUGAAAGAGUGUAUUCCAUUUCUAAUGAGACACUUAGGAGACCUUAAUUAUACUGAUGUUAUUCUAAACAUACUUACAGAAAUAUCUAGCUAUGAACCAAUAGCCUUAGCCACCUUUCUUCCGAUGCUGAAAGAAAUUGGUGAGAGUUUUCCAAGCUUGAUUGGGCAAACAGCAAAGAUCUUUGGAGCUGUUGGACGUAUGGAUGAGGAGCAAGCCAGAAUAUGUCUGAUAUAUUUGGUAAACCAGCUGGCUAAUAUGGAGCACUCGUUUCACCAUAUUCUUUUGCUGGAAAUUAAAAAUCUCACCGACAUCUUCUCCAGCAUCUUGGGAACCCACAGCAGAGAGAUCUAUCGCAUGAGCAACAGUUUCACUGCUAUAGCUAAGCUCCUGAUCCGACAGCUGGAGAAUGACAGCACAUCAGGAGCCAGGAUAGAAAAUGAUACUGAAACAGAAUCUCCUGUACCAUUGGAUGAUUUAAAAUCUGUUAUGAAUGGAAAUGAAGAAGAUGAAAAGCUACAAGUUAAAAUACAGGCUUUUGAAGAAAAAAUAAAUGUUGACAACAGUACUCCUGGCUCUGUGCGCAGAUACAGUUUAGGCCAGGUUUCUAAAGAAGAAAGGAAGGAUAUGAGAUUUAACAGAUCCAAAAGUCUUGCUUUGCAUGCAGUCCGCAUGAAGGUGGUAAACUCAGACAACGGACAAGACCAAGAGAAUGGGGACAUAAGUGCUGGUAUCUCCUUUACUGAGAUCUACGUUAGCCAAGAAAAUGAUAAAUUGCCUUUUAGUGUUGACACUGAAGAAAUGCAACUGGGAAAUUCUUUGGUUUCUCACCAAAGUAUCGAUUACACAGAAUCAGAAAAUUUGCCAGAAUCUGCUAAAGAAAAGGUCCAUGAAGGAAGUACAGAGACAAUAAAGAAUCCUAUGGAAUACCAGGAUAAGCUCUACAUGCACUUAAAGGAAAACCUGAGUAAAGUGAAAGCAUAUGUCAUGGAAAUGGGGAAGAAAAUUCCUAUCCCUGAUCAGUGUAUUAUUGAAGAUACUGUUAGAAGUUGUGUAGCAAAGUUGUUCUUCAGCUGUCCCCUGAAGGGCCAUUACUGCCUAUACAGUAAAUCCAGUUUUACUCUCAUCAGCCAACAGCCUUCGCUAUGGAUCCAUAUCAUGUUUCUCUUUCAGCAGAGCUUGUUCGCAGAACCCUUGUCCAUACACAGUAAUCCUGUGCAAGUCCUUAAGGCCCUGUGGGAGAAGACGCAGCUCAGGGGGACGCACAGUUUUGAAACUGCCAUGAUCCAGUCUACAUUUCCACACCAAAAGGAUCUGGACCAUGUACAGAUGCACCUGGAAGAAGUGAGGUUCUUUGAUUUAUUCGGCUACAGUGAGGAAGCAGGAACUUGGCAAUGUUUUAUGUGCAAUAAUCCUGAAAAGGCAACAGUUGUAAAUCAGGAUGGCCAGCCUCUGAUGGAAGGCAAGCUCAAGGAGAAGCAAGUCCGAUGGAAGUUUAUCAAAAGGUGGAAAACCCGCUACUUCACUCUUGCUGGCAACCAGCUUCUUUUUCGGAAAGGAAAAUCUAAAGAUGACCCCGACAACUGCCCCAUUGAACUCAGUAAGGUGCAGAGCGUUAAAGUGGUGGCAAAGAAGCGCCGGGACCGCAGCCUUCCGCGAGCCUUUGAAAUAUUCACCGACAGCAAGACCUACGUGUUCAAGGCCAAAGAUGAGAAGAACGCGGAAGAGUGGCUUCAGUGCAUCAACGUGGCCGUGGCACAGGCGAAGGAAAGGGAGAGCAGAGAGGCAACAACUUACCUGUAGGACUGCGGCUGUUGGGCCGCUCGGCUGUGGCUGUGCUGGUGAAUUAAACAAGUCCAGGACCGUUCUCUGGCACAAGGGCCAA